AUGCCGCCGAAGAAGAGUGCUGUUUUGCCUCCUGGUGUACCUGCCAACUGGAGUGCCUGGCGUCUUACACAAGACGAGCAGGCGACCAUCAAGAGCCAAGUGGAUGCAAAGCAGGAGGAGCUGAAAGGUGACGCAAGUCUGACAGCAGCGCAGAAGAAGGUCGAGCUGAAAGAUUUCAAGACGAAUCUGGAAGUAACGGCCAAGCAAAUGAAGGCCAAAGCUGCAGAGGAGAAGAAAGCUGCAAAGAAAGGGGCGGGCCCCGCCGCUGCUGGUGGUACCGCAGCAGCCGAGGCGGCAGGGCCUUCCGCGUCGGCAGGCACAGGUGAGUAUUGGCAGAUGGUGCAGAGCGAUAUCGCCAAGAUCCUGAAGCAUUUUGGCGACGACUUCGCCAAGCAGCCUGCACUUGCCAUUGAAGUGGCAGGGAAGGUUGAUCAGGGCGGCAUUCAGGCCCCGUGGGCGAAAGACGAAGCUACCAGGUCCAUGGGCAACCAAGGGACUUACGUGGCCGGGGCCAACUUGUUCUGGCUUGACUUCCUGCAAACAGCUUCUCCAAGCGUGCCGCUGUCGCGCAAGAGUGUGGAAGACCUUGCAGAGUUCAUGUACCCGCAGGCAGACUUGGACCAGGGCGUUCCUCCUCGCUUCUUCGACAAGAUGUUGCGAUGCAUCGCCCCCUGCGCCCGCACCGAGGCGCAGCCUGACCUUCCAAGCGGUUGCCGCAUGAUUUCGCCGGAAGGUUUGCCCCACGCGUUGCUGGCUGCCGCCGCGUGCGACCUGCCACGGAAUUUGAAGAAUUGGAUGGUCAUUUUCCGCUCCAUCACGAUGAAGUUCGAGGAUCUCCCCUUGAAGGAUUUGUGGGUCGAGAACUGGAAGGCGCGGAACGCAGUUCUGCAAGAUUACGAAAGCCUCAGCCGAACAGCCUAUCAAACAGCCUUGGAAGUGGCAGCUUUGAAAAAGACAUGGGAGGAUGAUGAGGCAGCAAAGUUCGACGGCACGAGAGACUUGCUGGAGAAGUUCCGCAGUGUUGGACUGUCCUUUGUGGGGGCAGGCAAGAAGGAAGAACUCACAGAGAACUUCCUGGCCAGCUGCCUGGCUGUGGCGAGGGAGUUCACAGGAGACCAGAUGGUGGUACCUCUGCUCCAUUUGCAGGAGAUGUACGAGUCCUCAAGCUGCUUGAACAAGAUGACCAACCUAGCGCUGCUGGCCCAAAAGCCAGCGGCCCGCAAGAGGGAGUGGGUGGUGCAGAGCAUCUACCAUGGAAUUCUCCGCAACAGAGAGGUAGUUGCUGCAGGAAUUCGAAACGAGGAGGUCGUGAAAGGCUGGCUGCUUGGAGACAAGCAUGCCGCCGGGUGGAUUGCUGUGAGCGAGCUGAAGAAGGAUUGCUUGGAUCACUGGCUCAGCAAUGUGUUGCCGCGUGAACAGUUCCUGCCAGAGGAUCGCUCGCUCAUCGAGUCCGCGCUUAAGGACCACAGCAAGUAUCGCCAGUUCCUUCUGGGUGAGAACCUCGCGUGGCAGGGAAAGCUGCAGUGUUCCGGGCUGGAAGCGCUGACCUUUCUGCAGGCCUGGCUGCGUUGUUAG